GUUGUAGCCGUCCUAUAUUCCCAUGCAAUACAGUCUGUAUUUGAUUGUCAUAAUGUGCUUUUAACUUUACAAAUCCCAGCUUUAUACGGCUUUGGCAAUGCCAUAAUUCACAAAAACACACAGAGUGUGAACUGGAUGACAAAUCCAAGCGCCGUCCUGCCCGCCCAUAUAUGACUCUCAAAAAGGACGAGUCCAGCAGGAUUUCCGAUCACCUGCGCACCAAUCAGGCUGAAUCCAGGGAGCCUCCUACCACACGAACCUGAUGCCUUCAUUACCAUCCUCUUCCAUCUUAGUUGUUGAGCAACUCCGUGAAGAUAGCAAGAAUCAAUCGUUGGGAGCGAGACCUCACUUAUCUUCCCUUUAUGCAUAGCGGGUUUCGAACACAAGAUCUCACAUAUGCACCGGUAACGGCUAGUUGAGAUGUGUAAAGAUAUUGAACGAGAAAUGAAUGGGUACUGGUGGCAAGGACUAGUGCAUAAAAGAAAGGGGAUCAGAUUGAAAAAUUGGGAUGAGAUGUCCUGGCCAAAAAAGGGAGGAAUUAAGUUUAGAAGGUUGUGUGAUUUUAAUAUUGCUAUGUUGAGAAAACAUGUAUGGAAGAUUAUAAAGCAAUCGGAGGCGAAGGUGGUAACCUUCUCAAAGCAAGCUUCUUCAAUUCCCCCAUACACAUGUGCUAGCUAGGUGGCAGGACUGGGAAGCAACCCAUCACUGAUUUGGCGGAGCAUUGCUGAAGCGAUUCCGGUAGUGCGUAUAGGCGUCUACUAUCGGAUUGGUCAUGGGAGGAACGUCCAAGUGUAGGGAGACCGGUGCCUGCCACAUACCGUGGGGGGAGGGCAUCCAGAAACUGUACCUCCGUAGGGUUAGAGGAUAUUCGGGAGUAGGAUAAACAAGAAAUUCUUCAUAUACCGCUUAGUCUACGGGAGAGGCUAGACGGGCUGACGUGGGUACUGGACAAGCGAGGAGAGUACUGGACCGCUUAGCUGUCUCGAGCUGGAUGCGCAUGUGGAAUCUUCAUAUUCCCCCCAAAGUUAAAACAUUGUUUUGGCAUGCAUGUUCAAGGUACCUUCCCACGAAGGACCGUCUGUUGCAGAGGAGGGUUCCAAUGCACCUAGGUUGCCUGAUGUGUAGAGAGCAACUAGAAACAACUAUACAUACAUUGUGGGACUGCCCUCUAGCAUAGGAGUUGUGGUGGAAUAAAAGGGCGAACACGCAAGAAGGAAAUACUACUGCAUUAUGGGCGGGUGAUAUCAUAAACGACUAAAAAAGGAGGAAGCUAGCGAGUUUGUUAUGCAAUGUUGGAGCUUAUAUGGAAAACAAAAAAUGAUAUGACUAGGUGGAAAAAAGUAUUGGAUGGUGGGGCAUGGAGAGUGUAGGUAUGACAGUGCUACAGGGAUGGAAAGAACUACAUACAAGGGAGUAGAGCCUAAUUAAACAAGAGCCGAUGAAGUGGAGCUGCCCGCCAAGGGGUUAUAUUAAAGUUAAUGUUGAUGGGGCAUUUGAUUUGAACAACCUUACUAGAGGGGUGGGUAUGGUAGCCCGUGAUGAGCACGGGAAGUUCGUGGCAGGGCGGAGAUUUAAGUGUGCGGGGAGCUUCUUUCAAAUUACUACGGAAUUAAUAGCUAUUGGGGUAGCAGUGCAAUGGGUUGAGGAAGAAGGGUGGUCAAAGGUUAUCAUUGAGUUGGAUGCACAUACGACAGUUUGUGGGGUCCUGGAUCUGAUUGGUCUUUCCUAUGCGCCACUCUUGCAGAUGAUAUUAGACACAUAAUGACGAGCAUCGCCGAUAUUUCUGUCCACUGUGUGCAACGAUCAAAAAAUAAGGUUGUCGAUGCUCUAACUAAACAAACUAUUCUAGAGUGUGAUUGUUCUUGGUUUAAUAUUCCACCUUUAUGUAUUCGUGAACUCCUGUUGAACGAUUCCUCAG